AUGACUAUCAGCAGCCAUAAUUAUGGUCCAAAUCCAGUACUUGGAAUCAGAUUUCGACCCACUGAUGAAGAGCUUACGCUCUUUCUACUUAAAUUCGUUUCGUGCAAGAAUUUCUCGUGUGAUCAUAUUCGAGUUGAGAAUCUUUACGGGAAUAAGAAGCCAUGGGAUAUAUUCGAAAACAAUUUUCUGGGAGAUGAUACAAAGGUAAACUAUUUCUUUACUAAGUUGAAGAGAACAAAAGCGGGUGGUUCAAGGUUCAGUCGACGGCUGAUCGGAGGAGGCUGUUGGAAAGGACUUGACAAACACAAAUCAGUUUUUAAAGGGUCAAAGUUGAUUGGGUUCAAGAAAAGUUUUCGAUAUCUUGAAAAAGAGAAAAGUGUCGAUCAAGGAAUUAAAAAUAUUGUUUGGAACAUGAAAGAGUAUAGUCUUAAUGACAACAUACUAAAGGUGUUAAGACAACGAAAUAUAAUUCAGCAUGAGGACUAUGUUUUGUGCUGCAUUAAGCGUAAAUCUGUAUAUGCUAAUGAUCAUAAGGAAUUAGGAGAUCAUAUGGAAAUAGCGGCCAGUGGAAACAACGUUGUUGCUGUUAUGAAUUCGACAACUCAAGAGCAUGAGCUUGACUAUAUUACAAGUUCUUCAGAGGAUCAAGGGACAGGUUUUCAUGAUUUGUGUCCUUCCAAUCAAUUCGCAUCAUCCGAACAUAAUAACGCGUUUGAUCAGUUGCAAUUAGUGGAUGUACAAGCGCAGAAUAUUGAAGAGAUGGCACCUUAUUCAGUUCAAAGUCAUGUUGAAUAUGUUGGAAGUUCAUGGACAACUUCAAAUCAAUUCACAUACUACUCACCUGAUAAUAAUGGCUUUCAGUUGCAACAAGACCAUAGUAAUGUUCCAUCAACAUUGGCUGACAUAAAUAUUGAUCAUGUGGAUAUGAAAGUGUACGAGUACAUGGGUAGUUUACUAGCAGAAAAAUCAAAUACUGCAGAACCCCAUUUGCCUAUCUGCAAUAUUGAUGAGCAGAACAUCAUGUGUCCAAUGGCUCAAGGAAGUAGUAGUGCCAUGGUUAAUGAAGAAAACAUUAAUGCUGGAUUUGUGUCUGAUCAGUGGUCAAAAGAGCAAGUGCACAACAUUGAAGAGAGGGCACCUAUCAGUUUUACUGAUAUGUUAACAUCAUCAGAUUACUAUGCUGAGCCAUGCUUAGUUAUAAGCAGCGACGAGUGCUUCACAAUGGAAGAAUUAUUGGGUUCUGAUAAUGAUGAUGUUAUUGCAGCAGACUUAGGUUGGAUGGCCACUCAGUAG